CGCCGUACGUGAAUGCAUCACGAGACUGGAUGGAGGUUAUAUUUAGGCUCGGGGAGAAAAAUAGCGGUGUUGGGUGAAUCCUCUGAAUGGUUGCUUGGUUUUGUCAAGGACCUGCUGGUGGAGAGAGGAGGGGGUUGGCCGCUGCACACAAAUACCAAAAUAGGAUAGGACUGCCUGCGACAGUCCUGCACGAGCUAAAUUGAGGCUCGUAUGUGUUUUUGAAGAGGAGCGUUCACACUGUCGAGUACAGGGUCAUCCAUGGAAAUAGGAUGAGAGAUACCAUGUCACUCAGGCCAGCUGAAAUAUACACACAUGACUUCUGUGAUGGUGACCAUGCAGCAGAGCUCCUUGGUGCUCUCAAGCAUUUCUACAUAAGUGGUCUGUUUACCGACGUUGCGUUACAAUGUGGCGAGUCCGGACAGGUGUUUCACUGCCACAAGGCGCUGCUGGCCGCCCGCAGCUCCUAUUUCAAAGUCAUGUUUACAGCCGACAUGAGGGAGAGGUCAAACAGCGUCAUCAAGCUCAUCGGGGUGGACUGUUUGGUCCUGGAUGCUCUGGUGAACUAUGUGUACACAGCUGAGGUGAGCAUCACUCAGAGCAACGUGCAGAGCCUGCUGGAGGCUGCAGACCUCCUGCAGUUCAUCUCUGUGAAACAAGCAUGUGAGGAGUUUCUCAUCCGCCUCCUGGAUGUGGACAACUGCCUGGGGAUGCACACUUUUGCUGAGAUGCACCUCUGUCCCGGGCUGGAAAGGGAGGCGCGCAGAGUGAUGUUGGGCAGGUUCACAGAGCUCAUUCAGCAGGACGAGUUCCUGGAGCUGGAUCAUGAGAAGAUGGGAUCAGUGUUGGCUGCUAAGAACCUCACCAUGCAGAGGGAUGAUGUGUUGAUAGAUGCUGUAGCCAAAUGGGUGACCCAUGACUUGGAUAAGCGUGUUCACUGUGCUGCAGAGUUGCUGCAUACCAUCCACCUGGACCUCGAUGAGAUUUAUUUCAAGGCUACUUUAGAGGUGCCCAGACAAUGCCUGCUCAACAGUGAAGGGAAGUUUAAGUCUAUGAUCAUUCAGGCUUUAAGGUCCAAUGGCAAAGAGAUGUCUACAACCAGAAAAAUGUCUUCCAGCAUGUAUAUCGUUGGGGGAUACUACUGGCACCCUCUUUGUGAGGUUCACAUCUGGGAUCCUAUCAGCGACACCUGGGUGCAAGGAAAAGACAUGCCUGACCAUGCAAGGGAGAGCUACAGCAUCAGUUUACUUGGAGCAAACAUCUAUGUGACUGGUGGUUACAGGACAAACACUGUUGAGGCUCUGGACACAGUUUCUGUUUAUAACUGUGACUUUGAUGAAUGGACCGAGGGUUGCCCCAUGAUCACAGCUAGAUACUACCAUUGCUCUGUGGCUUUACAUGGCUGCAUUUUUGCCAUCGGAGGCUACAGGGGAGGAGCUCCGGAGCAAGAGACGGAAUAUUAUGACCCUUUGAAAAAGAAAUGGUUCCCUUUGGCCAAAAUGAUCCAAGGUGUAGGAAAUGCCACUGCAUCAGUAUUGGGAGACAAAAUCUAUGUGACUGGAGGUCACUACGGUUACAGAGGAAACUGCACCUAUGAAAAAAUCCAAGUCUACAAGCCAGAUGUCAAUGAGUGGAGUAUCAUUACAAUAAGUCCGCAUCCAGAGUAUGGACUUUGUUCUGUGUCCCUGGACAACAAGCUGUAUCUGGUUGGUGGACAGACAACUAUCGCAGACUGCUACGACAUAGAGAGAGACGAAUGGAGAUCAAUAUCAGUGAUGAAGGAGAGGAGGAUGGAGUGUGGGGCAGUGGCAAUAAAUGGCUGUAUUUAUGUAACAGGUGGAUACUCUUACUCCAAGGGGACUUAUCUGCAGAGCAUUGAGAAAUACGACCCUGAGCUGGACUCUUGGGAAAUUGUGGGAAAUCUUCCAAGCCCUGCCAGAUCACAUGGAAGUGUUUGUGUUUACAGUGUUUAGUGUUAAACCCUCAACACAUUAUUGUGUGCCAAAUGGAUCAUGGUAAAAUGAAAAUUGUAUCACAGUCAGAAGAUAUCAGGUGCACUUUUAAACACCACAGCUUGAACUGUCCUUAGAAAGAUACAUAUUUGCCAAACUGUGAGUACAAUAACAAGUAUUUCACUUAAAACUCAGGGGUUCCACAGCUGGCAUUUUGGCUAACUCUUGGGUACUUCAGUUUUUAACGAUUGAAAGAAAUACUGAAAAAAGAAAGAAGAUGAAUGUAUGAGUAUUAUUCAAAUACAGCUCACACAAAACAACCUCAGAUUCAAUAGGAAGCUAUACAUAAUUGCUAUUUUUGUAUACAACUGUAUAAUUAUUUGAUUGAAUAUAUCACUACCGUAUCAUGGGAAUUCUGCCUGAUUUAAUAAGUGAGCUAAGUGGACAUUGAAUUAUAUAUUAUUAUAUAUACACAGUCACACUGAAAUCUGUGUUUGGCUUCAUCCUAAAUCUUUAUGUUAAAUGUUAGGGUAAAGUCUGUCUGCUUUAUGUAAAGGUUUUUUUAUUUAGAGUGCAUUGAUUGCACCUCAAUUUAUACUUCAGUAUACAGAUUAAGUAAAUGUACUUGGUUACAUUUCACCACUGCCUGUAAUAACAUUUCCCCCGAAACCUUAUGUAUCCUACAUGUUGUUGAUCUGUUUGUUUUUUUGUUUUAUUAUUGUGGAAAUAGGGAAAAUUCAAU